AUGAAAAACUGCAGAUCCUUUUGGAUGCUUGGAGCUCAAGCGGGGGUGACUGGCGAUCCAGUGAGCUGUACCUCAAGAUGGUUAGCAGGAAGUCAUCUUCGAGUUACGGUUGCCGAAGGUGGCUUACUAGGCAACAGAUCGCCCAGAAAUACGACAACAACAUGGAGCUUGCAAAUCAGAUCUGCGAUUCGAAACUUGCAGAUGCGGAACUUGCUAAGACCCACGCAAAAAGUCACCCGGACAUGCACAACAAUGAGGCCCUUCGACUUUUUCUGGUCUGGGACUCCGAAGGGGAGGAGGAUCGAGAGGACACAGUGGUGGAAGAACUCUUCUCGUGUCUUGACAAAGAUGAUGAGAACAAGAAGUCAAAGGGAAAGAAACGUAAGAAGUCGUCAUCGUCCACCAGCAAAGCCUCAAAGGGUUCCAGUUCUUCUUCGGACUCUUCCUCGGAAACUUGGUGGUGUUGAUUUUUACUGCCAAUGUGUUCUGUACAUGUGCAUGUGUGCAAUAUAA